UAUGCCUACUAUUUUCAUCUACAGGACUGGCUGAGUAAGUUUGGGUACCUCCCGCCGCCUGACCCAGUGACCGGACAGCUUCAGACAAAGGAGGCCUUGACCAAGGCUAUUAAAGCCAUGCAGAAGUUUGGAGGGCUCAAAGAGACUGGAGUUUUGGACCAAGCCACGUUAGGGUUGAUGAAAACACCGAGAUGCUCCCUGCCAGACAUGUCUCAGGCGGAGGUGACAACGCGCAGAAAACGAAGUCCAACUCCUCAGAACAAAUGGAAUAAGAGGCAUCUUUCCUGGAGAGUGAGGACCUACCCAAAGGAUUCAGCCCUACUUGGCAGGGACACAGUUCGGGCACUGAUGUACUACGCUUUGAAGGUCUGGAGCGACAUCGCGCCUCUAAAUUUCCACGAGGUGGCCGGCAGCAACGCAGACAUUCAGAUCGACUUCACCAAAGCAGACCACAAUGAUGGAUACCCCUUCGAUGGGCCCGGGGGAACAGUGGCACACGCCUUUUUCCCUGGAGAGAAGUUCACUGCUGGGGAUACACACUUUGAUGAUGAUGAGCCCUGGACCUUCAGAUCACCAGACUCUCAUGGGAUGGACCUAUUUGCUGUUGCAGUCCACGAGUUUGGUCACGCCAUCGGCCUCGUUCACACCUCAGCCAUGGAGUCCAUCAUGAGGCCGUACUACCAGGGUCCUGUAGGGGACCCUCUGAAGUACAAUCUCCCCUAUGAAGACAAAGUACGAGUGUGGCAACUCUACGGUGUCAGAGAAUCAGUUUCCCACACGAAUCAACCAGGAAACCCCUCUCUUACACCCGAGCCUCCUGUCCUGCUUGAUCUUCCUGAAAACAGAUCCAUUGUCAUGCUAGCACGAGACGCCCCAGACAGAUGCACCACUCACUUUGAUGCAGUGGCCCAGAUACGGGGGGAGGCCUUCUUUUUCAAAGGAAAAUACUUCUGGCGACUAACGAGGGAGAAGCACCUGGUGUCUCUGCGACCUGCACAGAUCCAACGUUUCUGGAGGGGCCUCCCAACCAAUCUGGACAGCGUGGACGCCGUAUACGAAAGGCCAGGGGACCACAAAAUAGUAUUCUUUAAAGGGCUAAAAUACUGGGUGUUCAAAGACAACAUCGUUGAAGAGGGUUACCCACGUCCAAUCAGUGACUUUGGUCUGCCCAUGGAGGGCGUGGAUGCAGCUUUUGUUUGGCUUCACAACGACAAAACCUACUUCUUUAAGGACAAAUACUACUGGCGCUAUGACGACCACCUACGGCGCAUGGACCAGGGCUACCCCAAGGAGAGCGUCCUCUGGAAAGGGUUGCCAUCUCAACUUGAUGAUGUCAUGAGGUGGUCUGAUGGCUCAACGUACUUCUUCAAGGGAAAGGAGUACUGGCGAGUGCCGGGCAGCGACAUGGAGGCGGAGGCAGGAUACCCCCACCUGAUUGCCAAGGACUGGCUGCUCUGCACCGAGAUGCAGUCGGACUCUCCGGACACAGAAGCCAAAAGCACGGAGACGAGGGUCAACGUCCACCGGCACCCAGACCACGCAGAGAAUGGAUACGAGGUGUGCUCCUGCACCUCUGACACCGCCUCGCCUUUGGGCGUCCGGCCCACCCCGUUAUCACUAUGGCUACUGCCGCUUCUGUGGACGCUCUUACUGAGCUUCUGCUCUGAACUGCUAUGAUGCUGAAGCACGGGUCAAAGUUCUUUCAAGCGGACUGACCAAUAAUUAAUGUUGACAUGACUCUUUUUGUAGCAAUUUGCUCUUAUUUUGCAGCUAUUUAUUCAGUAUAGCUUUUUUUCCGAAGGUGGAGGGGUGAGGGUUUGCUGUCAGCAAAGGUACAGGUACCAUUUGACUUUUAAUGCUUUGGCAUUUUUAAUGAAAUGAUCAACAACAACGUCUCAGCUAGAAAGGUUUUGCAAAACAAGCAUUUUCAAGAUUUGUUUUGCUUCCAUGUGCACCUGGUUUAUCUCAGUGAACUCUCACAGCAUUAAGAGUUUAUUCAUUCAAAGCUUUCGUAUGUGCAAAAGUGAGCCACUUUCAAUAUAUGAGGUAGAAAAUCAAUUUAAUAGGUGGGAGGAAUUAGAAAAAUCCAAAACACCUAAACAUUAUACAGUCCUAAGUAUUUCCCCUUACAUAUUUUUCCUCUGUUUGAUUAUCUGUCACACAUCACUGGUUCUGGUCAAACAAAUAUGAACACCAGAAAUAAAUAGCCAAAGUAUCUACAAAAUGCAGUUAUCGAAAGAUGAUUUCAUUUUCUUACAUCAUGAAUUAACUUUGAUAAACCAAAUUUUUUACGGUUUAAUAUCCUUUAGUUGUUCCACCUUCAGGCAGCUACAACUUCCAUUAAGCAUUUAGCGUAUUUGGCAAUCUGUCUUUUAUAUCAGUGUGGAGGGAUUUUUUUCCCCACUUUUCUUUAACUCAGUUACAUUCGAGGUUUUCUGAGCAUGAGCAGAAUUCGUGGUUCCAUCAAUUGAAAAAAACAUCCAGUCCCCAAAGCAGUGAAGUAGUCACAGUUAUGAUGUUCUUUUCUGGAAAUGCUAUUAGUUCUAUUCCAUUUGUAAAAAAAAAAAUAUUAUACAUCUUGUGCUCUUCCCAAAAUUUUUUGGGGGGAUCAUGAAGAAAACUGAGAUGAGCCUUUGUGUUCUUAUUGGUCAGUAGUGGUUUAUGAAUUAUCCCAUUGGAUGCCAUUUUUGUCCAUUCCUUUUUGAUUGUUGAAAGGCAAAUGAGGCCUGCAUUGUGUUACAUGUUGUUCUGGGCUCUUUUGUGAGUUCCUGGUUGAAUUGUGGAUUCAACCAGGAGCGAACUGUUCCAUGUUUUUUUUUUUUCUUCUUUUUCUCCGUUUGUGGACAAUGGCUCACACUGUGUCCCAAAACCUCAAAAAUGGUUUAUAACCUGCCCCAGACUGAUAUAUUUCAAUGACCUUGUUAAUCAUCUGUUCUUAACUUGCAUUAGAUAAGAGCGCGAUGUGUUGCUUUACAAGAUUUUUUAUUUUUAUUUUUUAGCUUACUUCAUGCCUUGUCAAACUGAACCAACAUCUGUGACCGGAAACAUUGACGUGUGACAAAAAUAAAACAUAAACAGAAGAAAUCUGUAAACAAAUACAUUUUCGCAAAACUGUAAAUUCAGAUUGUUGUCUUGCAAAGUGCUCCAGGCCCAACACAUCUAAUUUCAAAGGAAAAUAACGAUAUUUUAUUUGCACUUAAAAUUUCUUAAAGAUAUUUAAAUCACUAAAAAAAAAAAAAAAAACCUUUCAAAGUGGAAAUCUACAAUUAAUUCAAACAUAUAUGAACCAUUGAGUUCCUAACUGCUUCUGAGGAGGAUGAAUGUUUGAAAGCUCCUCCUCCUGGUGGACCAGGUUUCCUCUCACCAUAAUCUGUUGACGGCGCUUCAAACUGAGGACCUCCUGUUCAUCUGCAAGCGUUUCUCACAACCUCCCUGCUGUCAACUGAAGGUUCCAUCUUCCUGCUUACUUUAUUGCCUGCAGCUGCAUCAUUGUGGGUGCUGGAUUUAUUCUUGCUGUAAAGAUAUAUUUACCUAUAAACUGAUAUAUUUGACUGGAGAUGUUUUUUGCAGCUAUUGCAUCACCAAGUGGACUGUGUAUAUUUUAAGCUGUGUUUUUAAUGUAUAAUAUUUUUGUAGAAAAAUAAUAAAAUAAUAUAAACGA